AUGGUCAAUGAUGGCCUCAUUCAUGAGCUACAGCACGCCGCCGACCUCUUCGAUGGCCAAUACACUGCUACCUCAGUCACCAUCACGAUCUCGGCUGCUUUAGCUGUCUACAACGCUCUGGAACUCAUCUUGUUGAUCCUGACCACCUUCAGGCGCUUCAAUGGCUUAUACUUCUGGAGCUUGUGCGCUGCGACGUAUGAUGUACUCGUGUAUACUACUGGGUUCAUGAUUGAGUAUUUCCAGUUCGCAGCGCAACUCACUGGGCUUACUAUCAGAGUGCUCGGAUGGCCUGCUAUGAUUACUGGGCAGAGUCUUGUUCUGUACUCCCGUCUCAGUCUGGUGAUGGGUCAAGGGUACGAUAACCUGCUGCGGACAUUGAAGUGGAUGAUCAUCUUCGACGCGGUUGUGCAUCAUUCUGGUACAAUCAUUCUGACCUUCGGCGCAUACUAUGCUUCUCCAAGCGCUAGCUGGAUACAUGCGUACAAUGUGCAGCACAAGAUACAGCGGACCAGUUUCUGCAUCCAGGAAGGACUCCUAUCACUCAUCUACAUCUGGCGUGCUCUGAGUAUAUCUCGGCAGACAUCUUCGCUAAGAAACAAGAAACAGAGUUGGCUGCUAAUGUGGCAGUUGAUCGCGAUUAAUGUAAUCAUAGAAGCGCUCAACGUUCUCAUCCUAGUGGAGGAAUAUGCAGCGUUGCACGCCACCAAACAAGCCACAAAGGCAUUCAUGUACAGCAUCAAGCUUAAGCUGGAAUUUGCUGUUCUAGGUCGUCUUGUCGAAGUGACGGGCCACAAAUAUAGCAAGGAGCGGCCAAGGCUAUUUGACAUUGCCGGAGUGCACGUCAGUAAAGACCAGGAACUCAAGCAACCAAUCACUUUCAUGUCCAGGCUCGGCCGUCUGUUCUUCAUCCAGCGGCGAAGCGUCUCGUCGUCAGACGUCGAAAAGUGUCAUGCGACAUCGACGGCGACAAUCGUCGAGCAAGAGGAGAUGCCAGCUGGCUAUAUCCAACACACAGCGUACUCGAUCACCGCAACAAUAGCUGAGGAUAAGUGGCGAAGGCGGAACUUGGAGGAAGACUUAUAUACUGGUGCAUGUCGGGAUAUCGGAGACUGA